AUGGGUUCACAGAGACAAGGCGUAUGGGAAGGAAUUCCUAAUGUUAACUACGAGAGGGAACAGGAAACGUUUAGGGCUACCAUGAACGACGUGGCUGAAGUAGUGCGUGAAGCUGCUGUAGGAGUGGCUAGGGCUGUUGAACGUCUCGGAGUGAGAAAUGGGAACGAGAAUGAAUACGGAGAAGAUAAUAGAAACGAUGAGAAUAACUUAGGGCAUCCUGAAAGACCUAUGACCCUUGCGACCUUUCUGAAGGUUAAUCCGCCUAAGUUCAAGGGUACACUCGUUGCGACUGAUGCUGAUAACUGGUUUCGAGGUAUUGAACGAUCACUGAGGGCGCAGCAUGUUCCGGAAGGACAACACGUGGAGUUUGCUAUUUAUAUGCUCGAGGGAGAAGCUGAGUACUGGUGUCAGGGGAUACAGCGACUGCUACAACAGAAUGAAAAUAACAUUCCUUGGGAUAUCUGUAGGGACGAAUUUUAUAAAAAGUAUUUUCCGGGAGCAACACGAGAUGCUAAGGAGAUGGAGCUUAUGCAGCUGAGGCAAGGGGAUAUGACUGUUGCUGAGUAUGCUCGUAAUUUCGAUGAUUUGUGUUGUUUCUCUAAGAUCUGUCAAGGGGAUCCUGCUGACCUUGAAGAAUGGAAGUGCUUGAAGUUUGAAGGAGGCCUUUGUGUUGAUCUGAUGAGUUCAAUAGUUUCGCUGGAGAUACGUAAUUUUUCCGAAUUAGUCAACAAGAGCAAGUUAGUGGAAGAAUGUAUUAAGAAAGUGACUGUGGCCAAAGUGAGUCGCCAAGGAUUUCCACCAAGGCGUCUUAGCAAUCAUCAGACAGCUGGGAGAAGGGUGCAUUUUAAAGCACGUGGCAUACGACAGCGUAAGAACCUACAAGUUGGUAACAUUACUGAUCGCCGUAUGGGUGAGAAUGGAGGUAAAGUAAGGCAAGAGCAUGAUAACAGGUCUUGCCAGUUUGGAUCACCUAACUGCUAUGCUUGUAGAGAACUUGGACAUAUUGCCAAGGAUUGUCCAAAGGGAUUUACUCGAAAUCCAGUUAGCACUCAACAACAAGGACGAGUGUUUGCUAUCACUAUUGACGAUGUUGUGCAAUCGAACACCCUCAUUCAAGGUCAGGUUAUGUCAAGAAUCGAUUUCUAA